AUUUUCAUAACAAGGCUAGCUUUCCAUGAAAGGUUGCGGAAGCUGAGGAUGUUGCAAAAAUGAACAGGAGACGACAAGAUGUUGCAAGUGUCAGAAUAUCUGAUGAGGAAUACACACGACUUGAAAAUAAACUUGAAGCGCUGAAAAACGAGUUUGCAGCAUGUAGGAGAAAACUUGACAGCAAAUGUGAGGCCUUGUUGAUACUGAGCCAGGAGCUGGACCAGUGUCGCAGCGAGAGGGACCAGUUCAAAUUGAUGGCCGAGCAGCUCCGAGAAAGAUGUCAGACUUUGAAGAGAAGCACGUCAGGCAAGCCCAAACAGAGUACAUCAGAUACAGGCCUUUACAAGAAUUAUACAGAUGCACAGAGUCAGAACCUUGCAAGAUUGCUUUAUGAAUCAAAAGAAUGCAGUAAGUCCCUGCAGUUUGAGGUGGACGACUUGAAACAGAAACUACAGGAUGCUCAAGGAGAUAUCAAGUUGCUACGAGAGCAGAUAGCACGAUCCCGUGUCGGGACGACAGAUGAGGGAAUGAGUACCAGACAUUUUCCCGCUCAUGAAAGAGAGGAGCUUGUACAGAAACUAGAGUCUUCCAAUGAACAGUAUUUGCAACUAGAGAGAGACCUUCAGACAGUGCUGGAUGAGAAAGAGGAAUUGGUUACUGAGAGAGAUGUUUACAAGACUAAAUAUGAGAGACUUAAUCAAGAGUUGAACUACAUACUGAAAGGAGACGAGAACAGAGUGGUAGAUAUAGACGCUCUUGUUAUGGAAAACAAAUAUCUGCAGGAUAGAUUAAAGCAGAUGGAAGAAGAGAAAAGUAUGGCAAUGGCAGCUGUGUCCAAAUACAAGAGUUUGCUAGAAAAGAAGAAAUCUAAAAGUUCCAUGAAGUUUGGUCAGACUAGAGGUGGAGGAAUGAUCAUUACACAGAAACAAGUCCAACAAGUAUUAGAAUCGAAGCAGUCAGUAUUACCAUCACCACAAGCUAUGUCUGAUCUACAGGCACUAGCAGGUGCUCUUCUGGACUCUGUGAAUGAUAAAAACCUUGCGCUGUCUCAUCAGAGAAAGACAAAUAAAAUCCUUGGUAACAGGGUAGCUGAACUUGAAAAGAAAAUAAAAACUUUAGAAUGUGCUGGACUUUGGAACAUACCAGCAAAUGUAUCGAGCAGUUUGGAGAAGUUAAAACAAGAUUGUGAUGAUAUGAAGAUGUUGAUCCCUCGGAAACAUUCCGAUACAGACUCUGAAAGGUUGUCUCCCUCGGAGGGUGAUAGGGAAAGUGAAUUGGAAACUGUUACACCUCUUGAUAGUACUGACAACUCGCCAAUGACAAGUCCUCAGCACAUUGUCAGACAGCCUGCUGGUCAUCCAGAACUGAAUGGUCUUGACACUGACCUUGACCUGCUGCCCACCAAGGAAGUGCCUACCAAACCUGCAGAACGUGAUGUAUUCCAGUAUCCAUGCACAGAUACAUAUGGAAUGCCAUCCAUUGAUAGACAGGCUGUCUCCCAUUCAACUGAUCAUAAUAUCAACAAGGUAAAGGACAUUCUGCUGGCUAUAGAAACUGAUUCUGAAGUACUUACAGUAGACGAUAAACAUACGGUUGAAAGAAUUGAUGAAGAACAUAUACAUACCAGAGUUGUUGAAGAAAAUAUGUCUUCUCUGUCAGUUCAUGUAAAUGAUCCAAGUGAACUAGAUGAUGUUCCACUAAAUGUAGAACGUAAUUCACAUUUAUCAGGUGAAAUAGCUGAUGUACCACAAUGUGUUCAUGUAUACAAUCAGGAUAAAUUAGAAGAAACUGUUGAUGGUCAUGAAAAUGAGGAUGAAAAAAUAAAGUUUACAAAUGGUAGAAAUGAAAUUAAAACCGAAAAUCUUUCUCAAAAUAAUGCUGAAGAUGUUGAUGAUGUAGAUGAAAAUGAAGAACUUGAUGAGUUUUAUAAUGAUGAUGAUUCAGAAGCGUCGGAAAAGGUUGGACUUCUGAUUGAAAGCGUGACAAAAAAGAUGUGCAAUAUUUCCCACCAAGAAAAUAAUGAGAGAGGUACAGACACACACAGUGUUGAUAGAGAGGUUGACAGAGAAUCUAAGGACACAGUGAGAUGUAGAAAUAUCAGAAAAGUUGAGGGAAAUCUGUCUCAAGAAUCAACUACUGAUGGUCAUCUAUUACUAGGUAGUCAGGGGAAUUCUAUGGAUGAAAGCUUGGUAAAUCCUGAAGAACCACGGGAUGUGGAAUGUUAAUUAAUUUGUUAUUGUAAAGGAACGCAGCUAAAUAUGCACUUUUCCAGUACAUAGUUCUUAUUAUUACAUGACUCCUUACGUAAAUAACUGGGGUAUAGUUUUUUGCUAUAUGACCAGUCUAUAUUCAGCACACGUUUACUGACCUGAUAAGUCAAAAAUUAAAAAAAACUUAAUAUGAAAAUUUAUUUCUGAUAUCAUGUAAUAAAACACUUACUGAAUGGCUUGCUGGUCAAUAUUCAAAACAAAUAGUCCUUUGGGCUCUGGGCAAUAAUUUUGACUGUAGACAGCAAGGCAGUAGUUUUGACUUUUGAUAGCAAGACAAUAGUUUUGACUACUGGCCAGCAAGCCUUUCAGUAAGUGUAUAGUACUAUGGAUUUUAAAGGUUAUGGGUGGUUUGAUGAUUAGAUAUGUGAUACAGUAGUAUUACAACACAUUGACAAAUUAAACUCCUGGAUUGGGGUGCAACAUGUCCCAAAGUUCUAUGCAGGGGUUUCAUUACAGACCAGGGAGAGGAGGGUUGCGGAUAUUUCACCGUGCUAUGGUGGGAUGUAGCCCCAGCUACCUUUCCAAAAGCAAAUCAAAGUUCUAAGUAGGAGUGCUCCCAGACGCCCAUCUACAUUGCAACUUCCAAUGUUAACUAAAAUAAUGAAAACAUUGCCUGUGCAGUAUUUAGAAUGGCUUAAGAUGGCAUGUGUCCAGCAUAAGUGCAGGACAAAGGCUGCCAUAAACCAAGACAGAUUGUUAGCCUGUCCAAUAGCUAUACUGACCAUAAGAGUAAAAAUGUUAUAGAUUAUUAAAACUGUUCAAGUAUAAAUGAAACCACUUUGAACAACCUUUAAAAUAUUACUGGUAAAUAUUUUCUGCUGUUUUCAACUUAAAUGGCAAAAAAAAUCAGGGACCAGCUUUAUCUACUCUCGUGAUGCAAAAAAGACAAAUUUUAUGUACUCUUGUUACUAAAUAUAACUUUACAAACUUCAAGACAGCAUUAUUUCCCCUUACUGCUACAGUAGACACUGUCACCAUAUAUAAAUUGGAAUUAGGCCCUAGUAUCUUCUUUCAUUUUUAGCUCACCUGUCACAUAGUGACAAGGUGAGCUUUUGUGAUCACCCUACGUCCGUCGUCAGUCGGUGCGUCCGUGCGUCAACAAUUUCUUGUCUGCACGAUAGUGGUUUCAUUUAUGAUUUUAUUUUAACCAAACUUGCACACAACUUGUAUCACCAUAAGAUCUCGGUUCCUUUCUUGAACUGGCCAGAUCCCAUUAUGGGUUCCAGAGUUAUGGCCCCUGAAAGGGCCAAAAUUAGCUAUUUUGACCUUGUCUGCACAAUAGCAGCUUUAUUUAUGAUUUGAAUUUAAUCAAACUUGCACACAACUUGUAUCACCAUAAGAUCACGGUUCCUUUCUUGAACUGGCCAGAUCCCAUUAUGGGUUCUAGAGUUAUGGCCCCUGAAAGGGCCAAAAUUAGCUAUUUUGACCUUGUCUGCACAAUAGCAGCUUUAUUUAUGAUUUGAUUUUUACCAAACUGGCACACAACUUGUAUCACCGUAAGAUCUUGGUUCUUUUCUUGAACUGGCCAGAUUCCGUUAUGGGUUCCAGAGUUAUGGCUCCUGAAAGGGCCAAAAUUAGCUAUUUUGACCUUGUCUGCACAAUAGCAGCUUCAUUUAUGAUUUGAUUUUAACCAAUCUUGCACACAACUUGUAUCACCACAAGAUCUUGCUUCCUUUCUUGAACUGUCCAGAUUCCAUCAUGGGUUCCAGAGUUAUGGCCCCUUAAAGGUCCAAAAUUGGCUAUUUUGGCUUUUGCAGCCAUAUAGAGACUUCAUUUAUGGUUUUAUUUGAUACAAACGUCCAAAAUAUCUUCAGCAACAAUAAAUCUUGGAUUCCAUGACAAAUCAGAACCAAUCGUAGGUUCCGGAGUUAUUUUAUAUCUGAUUACCUCCCCUGAUUGUAAUCAAAAUGGAUUUAUAUCAGUAAGUACUUAUAGGACUUAUUUGAAAUUUCAUUAUUGUUAUGAGUUGGACUGAGACAAUCAGGGUAGAUAACUAUGGACUGAUUUUAUGUCAAAUUACCUCCCUUUAUUUCAAAUUAAAAUGGGUAUAUCUCCGUAACUAAUGAAGAUACUGAUCUGAAAUUUCAUUUAUGUCAGAGAUUUAUUUGGCAGAUCCUUCUUUUGUUCACUUACAAUAUAUUUUUUUUUGUUACUUCCCUUUUACGUUACUAUAAAUAGCUUAUUUUUAGUAACUUUUUUGUUAUUGGCCGUAGGGAAAAACCGAGACCACUUUUCUGUGGUACAACAUGGAUGAUACCUCCAAUUUUUAGGUGUAUUUUGACAUAUCGAUACCUUGUAAGAAUUUGUUUUUUCUUUUUGGUUAAAUUUCUUCCCUUUGUUGUUCCUGUCCUUUGGACUGAGAUAUCUUUUCUGAGGACCUUCUUAUCCUCAAGUGCAAUGAUAACAGGUGAGCGAUAUAGGGCCAUCAUGGCCCUCUUGUUGAAUUUUGUUGUACGAAUUUUAUAUCUCAGUAGUUAAGUAUUAGAAAACUGAAAUUUUUUUUCAGAAAUACUAAAUUUUCUUAUUUUUCUGGUGCUGUGAUUCACACCAAUUAAAAUGUAAACACUGAAAUUGAAAGUAUAUUCAGUACAGUUAAAAGAAAUUGACAAAUUGCUCACAGCAAAACAUUGAAUAUUUUCAUCAGAUUCUUAAAGGUUGUGGCAUAAAUGACUAUUUGUCUGUGUAUUAUUGCAAACGUUUUAUUCUCCAGGCAUUGCCAAUCGUGUCACCAUUGUACAAUAACAUGGUUUUAUUAUUGUCAUGUGGCAGUGACAAUUGUUUGACAAUAUUCCUAUGCACAGGUUGAUAACCUAAAGUGUUGUCACAGUUAAGAGAAGUAAUGCCAAAAAACUGUGAUUUAGUGUCGAGUUCAUCAUGCCAGCUGAUACAGUGUGAAAUUGAAAUUCUGAAAUAAAAAAAAAAUGUUUUACAAGAAAGGUCAUUUCAACAUACAGAGAAUACACUAGAAGAGAAAAGUCUUUUAGAGAAUGUGGAUGAAUGAAUGUUUUCUUAUGAGUCAUUCUUAAUGUGGAAAUUGAGUUAAUACGGAACAUGAAAAUUGUGCUGAGUUACUUGUGUAGUAUUAUAUUAUUUAAUUAUUAGUAGUUUUCAGUUGCUUACAUGCUGUUCAUUGCAAUAUCAGAAGCAAGGUAUGAUUGGAUGCUUUAAUAAGUCAUAUUAUGAAACUGUCUCAUGAUGUACUGUUAAAGUUUUUAUACAGUAUUUAUCCUUUUAAUCGACACUGUAAGCAGCUGCAGCAUAAAAUAGCCAUAUGGUUUUCUGCAAGUUUAGUUUAGUUUAAGUUUGUACUAUUUAUAUUUUAUUUUAGUUUGGUUGUGAUGAUCAAACUUAUUUGAACCACUCUUGAGUCGCUUCCUGGAAAAAACGGUUCUACCAGUUUGAAGCAGUGAACAAAUUUAAUUUUCUUUGCAAACCUGAACAUAGAUUGUUUAUGAUCAGGUUACCCCUGAUUAGAUGUUAAGAUUUAUAAUUUGUUCAUACAAUUGAAAUACAGUCAAACUUCAUUGGCUUGAACUCGGAUAAUUUGAACACCACCCUUCACUCGAACUCGUCAUCGGGUCCAGGCAGAAUCCCUUUAUAAUGUUACUUGUUCAAUGGCUCGACUAAAAUCUGUGCUGAGAGAGCAGACCGAAAAUCUGGUCUUUUAAACGUAGAAUAUUGAUGUAUUGGGAAAAGCUAACUUUACACAUUGUUCUGAUAACUCUUAAAUCUCACAUUUAUUUUGUUGAUGUUGGGUUGUCUCCCUUUAUGAAAUAUGGAUCUGAAAUUAUUCCGUUUUGUAGAAAUUUAUAUAUACAUACAUGAUCUUUGUUGUGAUGAUCUGUGAUCUUCUUGUUUAUUUGUUUUCAUGUUGUGUACUUUACUGUCUUUCACAUUCCAGAAAUUGCAUUUAAGUUUCUAUAUAUUUCAAUGUUAAUUGUGAAAUUUCUGUGAAACAGCAGAUUCAUAAUUUAAACAUGUCAGAAUCACUGCGAGAUGGUACUAAUAACACCUUAUGGUUACAUUUUACUUGGACUGUAUCAUAGAUUCCCUGUGUACAAUCUCAAAAUAUGAAUUAAAACCAAAGUGUUAAAUCCAUUCAAAAGAAACUUUGAAGUUUUGUAAUUUCAAGCAUCCUCUAGGCAUGCGCGAUUAAAAAAUUGAACUUUAUUUCUGAAAUAGUGUGAUAUUUACUCUGAAGUCACUAUAUGUUUCAUUGUAAAAUUCUUUGCUUUACCUAAGUGGGAACUGGCAGGUUCUUAAAAAUACAGCUCUCUGAUUGGUUAGUUUGAAUUCCUGAUGUCAUGUUGAAAUUAUGAAUAGAUAAAUUAGAUCAUAGUCUUGUAGUAAUGUGUUGUUUUAUUGUUUUAAUAUCACUGACACUUACUUGAAAUACCAUUGUUUUUAGUUUGGCUCUUACAUUUUGAUAGAAUUUGAGUGUAUUAUUUUAUGUUAAGAUAUAGUACAUGUUUAGUGAAAUGGAAAAAUAAUUCUUUAUUCUGUAUAGAGACUUAAGAAAUACUACUGCAGGCAGACCAGACAGGGAGCUAAAUAUUAUACAGAUUUUAUUUUAUAUCCGCGGGUUUUGAAGUCAUAACAUUCCAUUUACAUUUGGGUUUGCUGUUAAAGUUCACCUAGUAUUCCAUCUGCUGUUAGUUUACAUAUCAUAACAAGAUUUUUAGCUCAAGUAUUUAAAGAAUAGGUAGAGCUAUUGGACUCAUUCAUUCGCUGGCAUCUGUGUCGGCAUCCCAGUUUGGUUAAGAUAUAUCUAAGCUGCUAUCUCUGUAACAUUUUUUGGGAAUGGAUUGAAACUUGACAUACUUAUUCACAGUGAUGAAUUGACUUACAUUGCAAAGGUUACAUAACUAUUUUGAUCUUUUACCAACUUAUGUCCCUUUACAAUACAGAAUUUUUGGUUAAGUUUUUAUAUGUAAAGUUGUAUGUUACAACCCAAUAAUGGGAAUUGAUUGAAAUUUCACGCACUUAUUCACUGUGAUGAUCUGACUUUCAAUGUUAAGGUUCCAUAACCUUGUUUUAAAUACUAUUUUUACAAAAUUAUGCCACUUUUUUGACCUUUACUUGAUCAGUUUGCUAUUAAAAGUCUAAAAUGUAAAAAGCAUUAAGUCGUAUCUCUAAUCUUGGACUCUUAGUUAGUUAUUGCCAGAUUUUCAUUUGAUAUUUCCAAAACCAUUUAUGUUUGGAAAACUGAUGUUUUCUCAUUUUUAAAGCAUUAUGCAAAAGCAUAUUCCACUACUGUCCCUUAAAGAAACUUCCUUCAUUGUCAUAUUUUGCAAAGUGUCCAGGUUAUUUUUCUGACAGUAGUGAAAGGUCUUAGAAGCUUUUGAAUUAGUUAAAACAAAAAAUCAAUACUUUAGAUGAGCUUUUACAAUUGUUUGAAUACCAGUUUUCACAUACUUUGUUAUUUCUUUAUGUCAUAUGGGACUCUGGAUAUUAUUUCAAGUUCAUAUUUUCAGCCCUGCUAUGAACAACUUGCUUUGAAUAGAAAAUAUGUGUAAAAUAUCUUUGAUUCUUACAAGUAUUAGUAUAUCUAGAAUUCCUACUGUACAAAUAUCUACACAUAUGCUUCUAAUGUAGUUUGAUGAUUUAUUUUAUUUGCCGGAAUAUUUCUUAAUGAAAAUAGGGAUUUUUUAUCAGCAUUUGUAUAAUAACGAUUACUAUUCAGGAGUGGUGAUCAAGAAUUAUUAAGAUAAAUAUUGGAAACAUUGGCAGUGCUGUUAAAGUCAGAAAUAGGUAAGGGUUAGAAAUAGGGGGCAAGGUUAUAGUGAUGGUCCAUUCUGUUUUCUUGAAUUAAAAUGUUUGAAAUAAUGGGAAGAGAAUGUGAAUAUUACUUGAACUUGCCUCGAGUGUUUCGUCAUUACGCAUUUUUGUACUGUGUUGUCAGUAUUUAAAUAUUGAAAAGGUAUAUACAGAAAAAUGUCAGUAAUAUCAGCAGGGUAGAAGUCUAAGAAUGUUACUAAGGGCAGUAAAGCUUUUAUACCUUUUGUUGUGACUUUGUAAAAAUCUGCUAUUGAUUAUAUUAUAGUGGACAAGUUAAAUAAUAAGAAAGACAAUGCAUUUUUUUUUUGGUUAAUGUGCAAUUUUUAUUUGUUAUCUGUUGUUUUUGUUAUGUUAUAUUAGAAAUCCAAGUUGUUCGUUUUGCAUUAUUGUUUCAGGCAGUGCGUACAUUUUGUGAUUGUAAACUUAAUAUUAAAAUAUUGCCAAAAACAAAUUCAUGUGAAAAUCAGGUUGUUUAAAUUUAAGUUUAUUGUUAAUAAAACGAAAUGUCUAGGAAAUAUUUUACAUAUUCUACUUCGAGAUAACCGAAAUUUGACAUAAAUGUUUGGAGAUAGCCAGAAUUUUGAGAUAAGCAAGUUUGAGAUAUCGAGUUUCAACUAGAUUAGUGGUUAAAAUCUGUUCUGGAAGUCCAUUUGACUUGUACAGCAAUUAUGACUGGUAUGUAGUUAUAGUUUUAUGUAAUCAGAAAAAGAGACAUUGGUAUCAUUUGUUUUUUAAACUUUACCCUGCUAAAUUUCCAAAAUGGACUGGUUCAUCAUUCAGUUUUGAGCAGUUCCACUUAUUAUUGGGGGUAUUCAAUGAAAAUUGACUGACUGAAUAGUGAACAGUGCAGACCAUGAUUAGCAAGCACAUGUCUUGGUCUGCACUGAUUGCAAAGGCAGAAUCACUAGCUGCCAGAAGGCUAAAGGUUAAUAGAAAUUCUUGUCAGAAAUUUUGAGUUGGUUUAACAACAACAGGAAAAGGUUAGUAAAAUUGAAGCCAAGGAAUAUUUCAUUAGAACUUGCUUUGUUCCAUAGUUUUGUGGAGGCAUGAGAUGUUGAAUCUGUUACUGAUAAAAAUAAACAAAAUCUGAAGUAUUGUUGCA